AUGGCGGAAAAAACUUUACGAUCAAAUACAAAUGUACAAACAUCAUCAUCAACGAAAAUGGCUACAACUUUAAUGGCUUAUGCUCAAUUAGAAAUAGAUAAUAGUACAACAUGUAUACCAAGACUCUGUAAAUUCAGUAUUGUUCGUAUUGUAUUAAAUCGAUCGAUUGAUAGUGGAGAUUCAAAUGCAAUUGUUGUUGCAGUAAAAAUUCAAAGUAAUAGACGAACAUUUCGUUGUUGUGAAAUUCCCCUUCAACAAGAUGGGACUUUAGAUGCACCUGUUAAUCUACAAUAUUUUAUAACUUAUCCUCAUUACUUUAAACGAGAUAUAAAUAAAGUUCAAAUUUAUGUUCAACGAAGAAAGAAUCGACCAAUGAUUGGUUAUAAAACAUUAGCAAAGGGCGAAGUUAUUCAACACCCACAGAGUAUGAAUCUUCAUUUAUAUUUAAAUACGAAUGAAAAAUCCAAACAACAACAUUUACGUUCAAUAAAUCAAGAUGAAUUAUCUAAUAUAAAAAUUGAAAAACAUCUUGUUGGUUAUGUAUCAAUAGUUUCAUUAUCAAGUACAAUUCCAAAUGAAUCUGAAACUAUAGCACGACCAGAACUUGGAUUAACAUCAAAUCGAUUAUCAAUAAAACAUCAUCAUUUUGAUAAAUCAUUUAAUGAUGAUGAUGAAUAUAUUGAAGAAGAAGAAUUAAAUUCUGAACUUGAAGAUAGUGAUCUUGAAUUUAAUAGUAAAAAUAAACAAAAAUUUAAUCCAAAUAUAAUACGAAAUAAAUUAAUUCAAAUGUUUAAACGUAAAAGUGUGCAAUCAACAACAAAUUUAAAUAAAAAUUCUAAUACAACAACAACCAAUACAACAGCACAACUAACACAUUUAAAUGAUCAACAUACGAGAUUUAAAUUAAAUCGUCAAUCAGAUAUUGAAGAAGAAGAUCCUCCAUCAGAUAUGAGUGAUAGUACAAUACCAGUUGAUCAAUGGAGUAUUGAAUCUGUACCUAAACCAGGUUUUACACCAGUUGAACAUUUACAAAUACUGAAAAUUUCUGAAGAUGACCCUUAUUCAACAAGAAAAUCAACAAAUCCAUUUGAUAGUAAUGAUAGUCCAUUAGAUUCAGAUACAUCAGAUUUUGGUAUGGAUAUUGAUCGAACACAAUUACCUCAAAAAAUCAUAUCAGUACCUGAAGAAAAAUUACCACAACGUUCAACAAAUAUACGUGAUAAUUCUAUUAAACAAUUUGAUGAACUCUAUGCCAAUGAUCGCCUUCCAGACUCUGUUAUUUUUCUGUAUACAGGUCUUAAUCAAUCGAAUGUGACUGCAUCAAAAUUUAAAGAAUAUAAUUUGUCAGUUAUAUCACUCCAUGCAUUAACUGAAUCAAAAGUAGUGUUAAAUAAUAUAAUUCAACGUAUACAAAAAUGUGGCAGUCAAUCUGUUAUACGCAUUGUUCUUCUCGGUAAUGAUGCAUUUGUUAAUUCAUUUCUUCAAUCUUAUGUUGAAUGCUUGGCUUCAAGACCACGUGAAUAUAUGGCUUAUUUUCGAUUUUAUUUCGUUCCAUUAGUUUUCUCGUAUUUGGCGAAAUUUCUCGGUAGUUUUGAUUCUCAAUAUGAAGCACUCUUUGGUAGUAAUGAAUCUUCAAAUGAAAUAUCAGAUCUACGAGAUUUAUCACAAAAGAUUACACGAUAUUUAAAAACUUCUCAACGUACACUGUCAUUACCUGUUGGUGAAGUUAUGUUGAAUCGAAAAGGAAAAUUACCAGAAGAAGAUUCAUCACCAACAUUUUUACCAUUCUUUUGUUAUGUUUGUCUUGGAACAUUAUCAUCGAAUGAAAGUCAAUUAUCAUCGAUUGAUGAUAAUGCUCUUCUCUCGGCAUCAUUAUCUUUAUCUAUAUCAGCAAAUCAACAAUCACGUGAAUUAAAAGAUUCAUCAGAUGAUGAAAAUAGUCAAACAAUAUUAUCAAGUUCUCCACAAUCGAAAAUAGCCAAUCAAUUAAUAAAAAAUUCUCAUACAGAUGAACCAUCAACAUCACCAGUUGAUGUAUCAGUUGACUAUUGGACGAUAGUUGAUAAUCAAAAAGAAAAAAAAGAUGGAAUAAGAACAAUAAAAUCAUCAUUGAAAUCUAAUAUACGUGUAUUAACAAUUACAAGACAAUUAAUAAUGAAUUCAGAUGAAAAAAUUUCUCCUUCAUUAACAAUGACUUAUGUAACACGUGAAAAAAAGCAAAAAAUUAUGAAAUUUGGAAAAAAACUCAAAGAUUUACAAAAUACAAAAAUGAUUGAACCACAAGCAAUAACCGGUAUUAAUCGACUUGUUUGUACUUCUAAAUCACAUAAUGUUGAAUUAAAGGUUAAUGUCGACGGACAAGAAUGGGAUAAUGUCAAAUUCUUUCAAAUCUCAUCUCAAUGGCAUACACAUAUUAAAUAUUUUCCAUUAGCUUUGUUUAAUGAUAUACGCAAUGCUUAA